AACUGUUUCAUCUAGUACAACUUCAGUGGUGAUGGGAGUCUGCUUUUGAGUUUCAUCUAUGCAUUGGCAAAUACAGUUAAUUAACUAGUCUAGUUUUUUAUCUCUAUUUUCUUACUUGCAGAUGAGUGUUCAGAGUCUUAAGUACUGCCUUUCAGGCCCCAUAAUGUGCCCUUGUAUCCUCUAACACGUCUGGAAUUUGUGUAGGCUGUGCUGGGGCAGGGAAAGGAGACGUUCUUUGUCACAACAAACAAGGGGAAAGCUUUUUUCCUGUCUCUUCCAUUUACCAAUGCCUCAUCAGAAGCUUUCAGCACUUAUUGAUGCCAUCUGCAGUUUUGUGAUCUGCAAUGACUCUUCCCUUCGAGGUCAGCCCAUUAUCUUUAAUCCUGACUUUUUUGUGGAGAAACUCCGACAUGAGAAACCUGAGGUGUUCACCGAGUUGGUGGUCAGCAAUAUCACAAGGCUCAUCGAUUUACCUGGAACAGAGUUGGCUCAGCUGAUGGGGGAAGUGGACCUUAAGUUGCCUGGCGGGGCCGGCGCAGCGUCAGGAUUCUUCCGGUCUCUCAUGUCUCUCAAGCGCAAGGAGACGGGGUCUCACUAUAUUGCCCAGGCUGGUCUCAAACUCCUGGCCUCAAGCAGUCCUCCCACCUCAGCCUCCCAAAACACUGGGAUUACAGAAAAAGGAGUGAUAUUUGGGUCCCCACUGACGGAGGAAGGCAUUGCCCAGAUAUACCAGUUGAUUGAAUAUCUACACAAAAACUUGCGAGUAGAGGGUUUGUUUAGAGUACCAGGUAAUAGUGUCCGACAGCAGAUUUUAAGGGAUGCUCUCAAUAAUGGAACUGACAUUGACUUGGAAUCAGGGGAGUUUCAUUCAAAUGAUGUUGCCACUUUGCUGAAGAUGUUUCUAGGAGAAUUGCCGGAGCCUCUGCUGACACAUAAACAUUUCAAUGCGCACCUCAAAAUUGCUGAUUUGAUGCAGUUUGAUGAUAAAGGAAACAAAACCAAUAUACCAGACAAGGACCGGCAAAUUGAGGCUCUCCAGUUACUCUUCCUCAUUCUCCCUCCUCCCAAUCGGAAUUUGCUGAAGUUAUUGCUUGAUCUCCUAUACCAGACAGCAAAGAAACAAGACAAGAAUAAGAUGUCAGCCUAUAACCUUGCUCUUAUGUUUGCACCCCAUGUCCUGUGGCCAAAAAAUGUCACUGCAAAUGACCUUCAGGAGAAUAUCACAAAGUUAAACAGUGGGAUGGCUUUUAUGAUUAAACACUCCCAGAAACUUUUUAAGGCUCCUGCUUACAUUCGGGAUGGUGCCAGAUUGCACUAUUUGGGAUCCAGAACUCAGGCAUCCAAGGAUGACCUUGACCUGAUAGCUUCAUGUCAUACUAAGUCCUUUCAGCUUUCAAAGUCUCAGAAGCGGAACUGGAUAGAUUCCUGCCCUCACCAGGAGGAGACCCAGCAGCAUACGGAAGAGGCACUGAGAGAGUUGUUUCAACAUGUUCACAAUAUGCCAGAGUCAGCAAAGAAGAAACAACUUAUUAGACAGUUUAAUAAGCAUUCACUGACCCAGACACCAGGGCGAGAGCCUUCUACUUACCAGGUACAAAAGAGGGCCCGUUCGCGCUCCUUCAGUGGGCUUAUUAAGCGGAAGGUCCUGGGAAAUCAGAUGAUGUCAGAAAAGAAAAAGAAGAACCCCACUCCAGAAUCUGUAGCCCUUGGUGAAUUGAAGGGAGCCAGCAAAGAAAAUAUGAACUUAUUAUUUUCUGGCUCUCCAGCUGUCAUGAUGACACCAACAAGAUUGAAGUGGUCUGAAGGAAAGAAAGAGAGGAAAAAAGUCUUAGAGAUUCAGUAUGUAUUUACACCUACAACCCAUCUGAAUUCGGAUGAGUCACAUUUGAAGUGCUCCAUAGCCCCAUGCCCGCUAUCCUGUGGGACAAGAGCUGCCCGCGGGGAUGAGAACGUCCAGCCACACGUGCCUGUAAUAACCACGUCUACCACUAGAUGGCACAGGGGAACUGAUUCCUCAACUCAUCCUCCAUCACCCCUCAGCGUUGGUCCACCAUUGGUCCUUGCCAUCCUGGAGCUUCCAUUCUGUUUCAAGUAUGAGGAAUCUGAGCCUAAAGAAGCACAGAGCCUGCACUCCUGUCACAUGGGUGCUAGUGGCAGACCUGGAACUAGAAGGCAGGUAUCCCAGACUCCCUGCCCAGUGCUUGUUUCACUGGGUCAUUCUGUUGCAGGAGGGGUGGCCAUUGCAGCCAUCUCUGUUUCCCAUGUCUCUAAACCCUGAACCUGAGACAGUGGCCCCUGCUAUGCCAUUUAUAGUCUGAGCAUAGGGCUGGGCCCAGAGGAGGCCCCCAGCAAAUUGUUGAAUGUUGAAAGGAAUGAAAGAAAAUGCCCUCCAGACAUUUCAGAAGCCAGCUCACCAUUCCUGGAGGUGGGAGUGUAGUCAGUCUGGUGGCAGAUUGACUACAUUGGACCCUUUCCACCAUGGGGAGGGGACAUCAAUUUUGUCCUCAUUGGAACAGACUCUUAUUCUAGAUAUGGAUUUGCCAUCUCUUCCCAAAAUACUUCUGCCAGUGCAACCAUCUGUGUUCAUGGAAUACCUCACUCACUGUCAUGGUAUUCUACAUAAUAUAGCUUCUGACCAGGGAACUUAUCUCACAGCAAUGUAAGUUCCACAAUGGGUCUGUGCUCAUGGGGAUUCCCUGGUCUUACCACACUCUAUAACCCAGAAACAGUGGCCUGAUGGAACAGUGGGCUGGCUGUUGAAGACUUGGCUAUAGUACCAGUUUUCCUGGAAUGCUGGGGUUCUAUCUUUUUUUUUUUUUUUUUUUUUUUUGAGACAGAGUCUCACUCUGUUGCCCAGGUUGAAGUGCAGUGGCGUGAUCUUGGCUCACUGCGAACUUUGCCUCCCAGGUUCAAGCGAUUCUUCUGCUUCAGCCUCCUAAGUAGCUGGGAUCACAGGUGCCUGCCAACACACCUGGCUAAUUUUUGUAUUUUUAGUAGAGAUGGGGUUUCACCAUGUCGGCCAGGCUGGUCUUGAAUUCCUGACUUCAGGUGAUCUGCCCCUCGGCCUUGGCCUACCAAAGUGCUGGGAUUCAGAUGUGAGCCACUGUUCCCGGCCUGGGGUUCUAUCUUACAGGAUGCUGUAUAUGCUUGGAACCUGUGACUGUUUCUCCCAUAGAAACCAAGGGGUGAAAAUGGGAGGGGCUCCUCUCGCUGCUACAUUCCUUACUUCACUUGCAGAAUUGUUUGCUUCUGCCUGUGCAAUGUUGAGCUCUGCUAGUUUGAAGACCUUAGUUCUGAGGGAGGAAAGCUUCCAUCAGGGGACAUAAUAAUGUCUGCCACUUGGCCAUGUUGGGUUCCUCAUGCAUUUGAGGAAAAUUAAUAAAAGUAGACAGGGUCUUCCUCUGUCACCCAGGCUGGAGUGUGCAGUGGUGUGAUCACAGCUCACUGCAGCCUUAACCUCCCAGGCUCAAUUGAUAUUCCUGCUUCAGCCUCCCAAGUAGCUGAGACUACAGGUGCUUGUCACCAUGUCUGGCUAGUUUUUGCAUUUUUUGUAGAGACAGGGUUUUGCCAUGUUUCCCAAGCUGGUCUUGAACUCUUGGGUUCAAGUGAUCUGCCUGCCUGAGUCUCCCAAAUUGCUGGGACUGCAGGUGUGAGCCACUAUGCUUGGCCAUUUCUUUUCACCUUCUUUCUUUCUUUUUUGAGAUAAAGUCUCGCUCUAUUUCCCAGGCUGGAGUGCAGUGGCAUGAUCUCGGCUCACUGCUUUCUGGGUUCGAGCAAUUCUCUUGCCUCAGCCUCCCAAGUAACUGGGAUUACAGGCGCACACCACCAUACCCAGCUAAUUUUGUAUUUUUAGUAGAGAUGGGGCUUCACCAUGUUGGCCAGACUGGUCUCGAACUUCUGACCUCAAGUGAUCCAUCUGUCUUGGCCUCCCAAAGUGCUGGGAUUAUAGCUAUGAGCCACUGUACCUGGCCCUUUUUUUACUUUCUUAUCGUGGCUCCAGAAAAUGUGGGAUUACCUAUGACAUUUUAAUAGAUAGUAUAUGUAUAUGGCACCAAAUUCAAAAGGCAUGAGACUAGCAGAAUGGAAGAAAAUAUUUGCAAACCAUAUAUAUGAUAAGGGAGUGGUGUCUAGAAUAUAUAAAGGACUCCUCUUAUUUUUAUUUUAUUUUUUUUGAGACAGUGUCUUGCUCUGUUUCCCAGGCUGGUGUGCAGUGGCGUGAUCACGGCUCACUGCAGCCUCAACCUCCUGGGCUCAAGCAAUCCUCCCACCUCAGCCUCCCCAUUAGCUGGCACUACAGGUGUGCACCACCACGCCUAGUUAAUUUUUAAAAUUUUUUUGCAGAGAUGGUAUCUCUCUAUGUUACCUGCUGGUCUUGAGCUCCUGGGCUCAAGCCAUCCUCCUGCCUCAGCUUCCCAAAGUGUUAGGAUUACAAGCAUGAGCCACUGAGCUUGGCCAAGAAUUCUUACAACUCAACAAUAAAAAGCAAAUAACCCAAUUAAAAAAUAGGCAAGGAUCUGAACAGAUGUUACUUCAAAUAAGAUGUACAAAUGGCCAGUAAGUGUAUGAAAAGAUGUUCUGCUGCUUGAAUCCAAAGAGUGCUAGUUCAUGUCCUAUCCAGGAGACAAUUCCCCUACCUUGACUUUCCCGUGUCAUUCAAGCCCCAGCUUAAAGGAUACCACCUGCUAGAAGCCUUCUCUCUCUAGGCAGAGCUCUUGACUCCACUAGCUGAAUUCUCACAGCAGUGUGAAAGCAUCUCUUCCGAGCCCUGGGCCCUUGCAUGGUGUUUAUGUGACUGCCUUCCUCAGAGAUGGUGAGAGCUCCUGCAGGGAAGGGAUCAGGUCCUAUUCACCCUUGCAUCUCUCUGGCUUAGCAGGGUGCCUGUAACACAGCAAAGACUCAGUGUCUGGCUGGCUGGCAGGAAGGACAGCUGUCUCUAUUUUUAAUAUUUUUAGAGACAGGGUCUCACCCAGGCUGGAGUGUAGUGGUGCGAUGACAGCUCACUAUAACGUUGAACUCCCAGAGCCGAGGCAAUCCUCCCACCUCAGCCUCCAGAGUAGCUGGGAUUACAGGCAAGUAGCUGGGAUUACAGGCACUUGCCACCAUGCCUGGUUGCCACCUCUAUUUUGGGCCAAGAGUAGGAGUUUGUCGCAGGAAGUAAAGACUGAUUAGGUGAAGACCACGGCUCAGAAAGGUUAGGGAACUGCGCAGAGAGUUCUGGAACUGUGGCUGCUGCCAUCUUACUAGAAAGAUGAAACUGCUCUCCAAACCUGAAAACUCAUCUAUCUGGCUUGUAGAUUUUUUGAUAUUCUAGGUUCCUGGCUGAAUGGGAGGCCCAUGAGUCACUGUGGGGAGGCAGAAGCUCUGAGGAGAGGCAAGGCAGAGUUCCUAGGUUUCGCUCAAAAGGAAAUUCUUUGAGCCCUGAAGGGGGAUGUGCUUGGCACAGGAAGGAGCACCUGCUGGCUCUUCCCUCUCUGGCUCUGGUGGGUUGUUUCUGGAAACCCUCGGGUCCUAAGGAAGCCCUUUCUCAGUGCCCCAUUGGCUGAGGGCUGAUGUGGGAGAUGAAGGAUGGCCGGUGGCCCUGCUCCAUGAACCCACACUGGGCCUGCCCUGGGAAGCCAGCAGGGGUUGCUGGGCUCACCACCUCUGGUCUCUACAACCUUUAACCGAUGGCCACUCACGAGUGGCCACUGGGUGUGUGGGAGAGAUUUCCACAGAAAGCGUUUCUGUGGCUGCCUCCUUUCAUUAAAGGAACCUGGAAUUUAAGGGUUAGCUCCUUGGGGUGAGCCUCUUGUAGAAAUCCAUCUCUUGUAACACCCAGUGUUGGCCAGGGUACAGUGAGAUGGGGACCCUCACACCUGCUUAGGGUGGGGUGGGGGUGCUUUUCUGGGUAGUUUGGUAAUAAAUAUCAAGCCUCAGACAUUUCCCCUUAUGUGAUCAUUCAUUUUUUAGGUGUGAUGUGGUUAUGUUAACAACAGUCCUUUUGUUGUAGAGAUAUGUACUGAAAUAUCUAUGGGUGAACUACACAGCGUCUGGGAGGAUUUGUUUCAGUAUCAUACAUUUGGGGUGAGGGGUGUGGGUGAGUAUAACUGAGAAAAGGUUGGCUGUGGGUUGGCCGUUAUUGAUGCUACUGGAUGAGGGGUUCAGGGGUUCAUGGUACUGUUCUCUCUACAUUUAUUCAUUUUUUAAAAUUCUGUAAGUAAAAAGUUAAAUGAUAAAGUCCCCUUUGACUUGGCAUUUCUGGUGUGAUGACAUCAGUCCAAGUCCCCAGCAACACUCACCACACUUCCCUGUUUUCAUUCCCAUCCCUCCUUGGUUCAGAGGGCUCAUGCCCCGUCUGCAUCCACGCUCACAGCCCUGGGCUCUCUAGGGUCCUCCUGCCCCCAGGCUUCCAGGUGCCAGAGCCUGUGGGUGCCCCUGACCUCAGCAUCAGGGAAGCUCUCCCUCCACCCCAAACCCCUCGCCUGGAUGGUGACUACUCAUUCAUCUGAUAUCACGUUGGUGUCAUCUCAGGGGAGCUGCUAACUCCCAGGCAAAGUCACACUUCUCUUAUACUCUCCAUCCUGCAGGGAUGGGUCCUUCAUAGCUCUCACUACUAUUUGUAAUAAUAGUAAUUUUUUUUUUUUGAGACAGAGUUUUGCUCUUGUUCUCCAGGCGGGAGUGCAAUGGUGCGAUCUUGGCUCACUGCAGCCUCUGCCUCCCGGUUCAAGUAAUUCUCCUGCCUCAGCUUCCUGAGUAGCUAGGAUUACAGGCACGCGCCACCAUGGACAGAUAAUUUUGUAUUUUCAGUAGAGAUGAGGUUUCACCAUGUUGGUCAGGCUGGUCUUGUACUCCUGACCUCAGGUGAUCCACCCGCCUUGGCCUUCCAAAGUGCUGCAUUACAGGUGUGAGCCACUGCACCCAGCUACUCUUUUUUUAAUUAAUUGUUUUUUUGAGACAGGGUCUCAUUCUGUCCAGGCUGGAGUGCAGUGUCACGAACACAGCUCACUGCAGCCUUGAUCCCCCAGGAUCAAGUGGUCCUCCCACCUUAGCCUCCUAAGUAGCUGGGACUACAUAUACAUGACACCAUGCCUGGCUAAUUUUAAUAUUUUUAGUCGAGAUGGUGUUUCACAUGUUGCCCAGGCUGGUCUUGACUCCUGGGCUCAGGUAAUCCGAUUGCUUCAGCCUCCCAAAGUGGUGGGAUUAUAGGAGUGAGCCACCACACCCUGACAUGAUCAACCCUUGUGAUUGCUUUUGUUUCAUUGCUGUCUGCCUUCCGUACUAGACCAUGAACUCUCCAAGGGCAGACUGUGUCUGUGUGGCUCACCACUGCAUCCCAGAGCCACACACAGAGCCUGGCACAUCGUAAAUUAAUGCAGAAGGAAGCAUGUGUUUAACAAACAUAUAUCAUGUUCUGGGCAAAUUCUAUGCAUAUGCUUGGCUGGCUGAGAACAUACCGUCGGAAAUGCUAGGCAGGGGCCAGAUCAUAAGGGCCUGUGGCAACAUUAGGGGACUGGUCGGAUGGUGCAGAUCCAGGGAGCCAUUGAUGGUGCUCACAUGGAGGAGUGACAUGUGCUCCAGGCAGCCUCUCUGGCUGCCUCAAGUUGUAAGGGAGACCCUGGAGGCUGGAUGGCCAGAUGGGCUGGCACCAGGGUCUUGAUUAGGGCCAUGGGGCUUGAACUGAGGCCAGGACAGUGGUGAUGGGGAUGGGAACGGAGCCAGUGUUUGCGGCAGUGAUCCAAUGCGGCAGCUUCUUGGCCCUUCUUCCCUGAAGACACAGUGCCUCUGCUCAAGAGAGAUGAGAAGGAGCUGCAUAGGGCCCUGCUGGGAACAGGAUGUGUUCCACAGACACAUCCCUGGAUCACAAAGAGCUUUGCAAACAGUCACAACAGCACGGUGCCUUGGGGCAGGGUAGAGGCAGGACCCUUUUCCCUGAGGCCAGGGAGUUGAGGCUCAUGAUGGUAGAGCCUGGCAAUGGUGAAAGUCAAGUCACUUGUUCUGCAGUGCAUUCAGGACUUGAUGCAGAGCCAGCAGAAGGAGCCUGGGAGAGCCUGGAGCCUAAGAAGCCACUGGGGCCUCUGCAGGCUUCCCGGGUGGGGCAUCAGCUGGAGCUCAGGAGAGGCUGCUCCCAAUAAGUGGCCGUGUCGUGAGCUGGGUGUGUGCUGCCCACCAGCACUGCACUUCCCUGGACCUGCUGUACUGCUGCUGCCCCAGUGCAUGCGCCACACUUGCUCUCUGUCCCCUAGGAAGCCUGUAAUUGGCUGCAGCUACCCUCCUUGCAGGAAGUGGCUGUGGGGAGGCCAGAGGGUUGGAAAGAUGCCAAGUAAAAACCUGUAAGAUAGCUAUGUAGACUGAAUGCUAACUCAUGCCAAGCCCAGUGUUGGGCUCUUUAAAUGUUACUCCUUUGACCUGAGCUAGGUCUCCUUUCCCUCUCUCCUGGGGAACUCUGUACCUUUAGAACGUGUCUCACAGUUGUAAUAGAGAUAAUCAUUCAUGUGUUUAUUUAUGUAAUGUCUGUCUUUCUCGACAGACUGUUAACUCCAUGAGAGCAGGGAUUGGGUCUCUUUGUCCUCUAUUAUAGCUUCAACACCUAACACACUGCCUGGUACAGAGUUGGCUGCAAUAAGUAUUCAUUAAAUCGAUGAAUGAUUCCCCCCAACAACCCAAUGAAGUAGGUACGAUUAUUAUUCUUGUUUAAGGAUAAGCAAACUCAAUCUUAGAGAGUUUGAAUAGUCCAAGCCACAGACCAGGAAGUAGCACCCAGAAUUCACACUCACAUGAUUAGCCCAAGACGGGGGUGUGUGGCCCAUGGUUGAUAAAACUCGAGCUGGGGAAAGUGAGACUACUGUCCUUUUUGUCCCUUGGCUGUUGGGAUGUGAGACCUGGGUUGCUGGUGGCCAUGCUUCUGGCCUAGUGGGGCAGCUGGCCUGAGAAUGUGGAGCAUACAAUGAUGUGAAAGAGACAGAGGUGGAGACAGAGAGGUGGAGAGAGAGAGACAGAGAGAGACUGAUUCUGAGUUCCUGGAUACCCUGUGGUUUGGGCUGGCCUGGUUCCCCUUCCUUGCACUUGUAGCAGAGAGUUCCAAAGGGCAUAGUGAUGAAACCCAUCGCCACCAUUGGUGUAGUGGAAAGAGAAUGCCCUGGGCUUCAGCUCCAGCUCCACUGGACACAGAGCGAGUGUCUGUUGAUCUCUGGGUCUCAGCUUCCUCAGCUAUAAAAUGAGGUCAAGACUUCCACUCCUAAAAGGAGAGUGGAAAUAAUGAGAGAGUACGAAGGUCUGUGACUCGUGCCUGCUAGCCAGCAGUUGCUCAGGAAGUGUGAGCUGCCCCUGGUAGGUGGCUUUUGGUCUGCAAGUAAUAGAAAACUCAUCCAGGACCAGCAUAAACAAUGAGAGCUUUCAGCUGGGCAUAGUGGCUCACACCUGUAAUCCCAGCACUUUGGGAGGCUGAGGUGGGUGGAUUGCCUGAGGUCAGGAGUUCAAGACCAGCCUGGCCAACAUAGUGAAACCCUAUCUCUACUAAAAAUACAAAAAAUUAGCUGGGCAUGGUGGUGGGCACCUGUAAUCCCAGCUACUAGGGAGGCUGAAGCAGGAGAAUUGCUAGAACCUGGGAGGCAGAGGUUGCAGUGAGCCGAGAUCUCACCGUUGUACUCCAGCCUGGGCAACAAGAGCAAAACUCUGUCUCAAAACAAAAAAACACAAGAAACAAUGAGGGCUUUCAUCCUCUCAGGCCACAAGAAGAUCAGGUUAGGGCAUGUCCAAGGCGGUGAAUUCAGAAGCUCAGCAUUGUCACCAAUAACCCAGGUUCUUUCUUUCAGCCUUGCCAUUCUUAUAGUGGCAUCAUUUCCCUCAAGGUGACAAAAUUGCUGCCACAGCUCCAGGCAUCACACAAUGUUGGCCUGAGCAGGAGGUGUUUCUUCUUCAUGUCCCUUUGUAAGGGUGAGGAAAACCUUUCCAGCAGCUCCCAAUAGAUGCCGCCUCAAGUUUUAUUGUCUGGGACUCUCAUCAUCUAAGCCAGUCAUGGUGUUCUCUCCCCCUGUAAAUGCUAGCAUCGGUGUAGUGGAAGCAGGAUGGCCUGGGCUUCAGCUCUAGCUUCACUGGGCACUCAGUGUGUGACAGCACGAGUCCUCUCAUCUGACUGGAUAGACAGUGGCAGUACUCAGAGAGAAAUACUCAGAGAGAAAUUCGGGUACUUUUAUAGUAACAACUUCUUUGCAUUUCUUUGUAAUUUCACUCAAGAGUGUCCUCUUUUUUUUUUUUUUUUUUUUCCUGAGAUGGAGUCUUGCUCUUGUUGCCCAGGUAUCUGGACUACAAUGGCACAGUCUUGGCUCACUGCAACCUCUGCCUCCUGGGUUCAAGCAAUUCUCCUGUCUCAGCCUCC